AUGUCGACGGCAACUACCCAAUCCCCUCGAUCCCGUUCUGUGAUCAAAGCUGUAUAUGCCAAUGAAGUAUCUGAAGGUGUAGGUGCGAAAGUACGUAGGAGUAUCGGAUCACCUGAAUUGAGGAAUCUAAGUCCGUUUUUAAUGCUCGAUCACUUCAGAGCUACUCCUGGAGCUGGUUUUCCGGAUCAUCCCCAUAGAGGUCAAACUACCGUGACAUACAUGAUCGAUGGAAUGUCCAAACAUGAAGAUUUCUUAGGAAAUGAAGGCUUACUCGAACCUGGAGAUGUACAAUGGAUGACAGCAGGAAAAGGGAUCAUGCAUUCUGAAAUCCCCUAUUUCGAUCCUGACCCAGCCAGAGCUGUUACGCCCGUUGGAAUGCAAUUGUGGAUCGAUCUUCCGAAGGAACAGAAAUUCAUUGAACCUAGUUAUCAGGAGAAGAAAGCUAAAGAUAUCGACGUAAUCACCCCUUCUGACGGCGUGGAAAUCACCAUAAUCUCAGGUGAAUCCCACGGUAUCAAAGGGUUCGUAAGACCCGUAGGAGGUUGUUGGUACUUUAACAUCAGAUUGACAAAAUCAGGUGCAAAGGUUUUCCAACCUAUACCUGAAGGAUGGACUACGUUUAUCUAUAUCGUCAGUGGGAAUAUCCAAAUUGGCGACGAUCCCACUAUUUACGAUAAAUUCAAUACAUUGGUUUUAUCUUCACAAGACGGUCAGAAUGGCGUACACCUCCAACGACCUGAAAGUCCCACCGACGACGAGGAAGAAGAGACGAGAUUCAUGUUGGUAGCUGGUCAACCACUUGAUCAACCUGUUGUUCAGUAUGGCCCAUUCGUUGUUAACACGAAUAGACAGGCGAUGGAAGCUAUAAGGGACUUCCAAUCGGGUAAGAAUGGGUUCGAAAAUGCUGUAGGGUGGGAAAGUAAAAUUGGCAAGGAGUUUAGGGCACAUUAG